AAUGCAAAGUUUCGAGUUGUUUAUGGUGAUGAAGAUAAUGAUUAUGUAGAAUCUAAAGAAAGUCCUUCAGCAGUGGCAAAUUUAUAUCAAAAAUGGAAUGGAAUUCUUUUAUUUGGGUUACAACUACAACAAAUAAAAGAUAUUCGAGAAAUGAAACAAGUUAAUUAUAGUUUAAAGCCAUAUUCAUUGUUAAGUGAAUCAGGUCAACGAAAUAGAAGUAAAAAAGGUGCAACUGUUUUUUACCAAGUGGCUCAAGAACAAAUUAAAACAGUUUUUCAUAAUAAUGAUGUU